AUGUUGUAUAGGAAAUCUAACAUUCAUCUCUUCAAGCCUAAUGGCUUGCCUUAUGUUGCAUAUUUGAUUCAUGAGUUGAAUGCUUUUGCUCUGAAACUCAAUAUGAGUAAAGCCUAUGACAGAGUUGAAUGGUGUUUCAUUGAGAGAGUUAUGAUCAAAAUGGGGUUCAAUGAUUCGUGGGUGCGUCGUAUUAUGAGUUGUAUCACUAGUGUCGCGUUCUAUUUUAAAAUAAAUGGUGCUGUGUGUGGGGAUGUUGUGCCCUCGAGGGGUUUGAGACAAGGGGAUCCAAUUUCUCCGUAUCUUUUUAUUAUCUGUGCUGAUGCUUUCUCGAAAUUGAUCUCCUUUGGCAUUGAAAAGAGACAUUCACGGAAUGCUCGAAGGCAGCUAAUAUUAUUAGGAAAUAUGAGAGAGCGUCCGAUCAAAAACAAAGGGGUUCAUCAACAGCUUCGGAAUUCGAUUGUGAAUAUUCUUGGGGUAAAGGAAGUGGAUAGAUAUGCAAAAUACCUAGGCCUCCCUACAAUCAUUUGUCGGUCAAAGAAGUGGGGUACGAGUAGAGAUCGAAGGAAGAUUCAUUGGCAUAAUUGGAGUUAUAUGUGUUUACCAAAAAGUAAAGGAGGAAUGGGGUUUCGAGAUUUAAAAUGCUUUAACACAGCUCUACUUGCAAAACAAUCGUGGCGACUACUUGAAGGUGCAAACACUCUCCUCCAUGAUGUUUUCAAAGCUCGAUACUUCAAGCACACCUCUGUUUUGGAAGCGCUUCGAGGUCACGACCCUAGUUUCACUUGGAGAAGUAUUUGGGGGGCAAAAUCUCUUCUUAUAGAGGGCUUAGGAUGGAAGAUUGGGCCUGCUAAUGACCCAAACCUACUGGUGUCGGAGCUUAUAUACUUUGACAAUGCCUGUUGGGAUUCUGAUGUCCUUGCUCAACAGUUUGAUGAAUACAUUAUCGCUGCUAUUUUGACCGUGCCUCUGUCAUAUAGGUGGCCUACCGACAGCUUUUAUUGUAAGGUUUGGUCAACUGUAUGGCUUAUUCCAGGUCCUCUGAAGCUUAAACAUUUCAUUUGGCGUCCUUACAAAGGGUCUCUAGCUACGAAGAAUGUGCUAAGCCAGAGAUAUUGUGUUCCUUCCCCUUCUUGUGACAGGUGUAACGAAGGUCCGGAAUCCAUCACCCAUGCCCUCAUCGAUUGCUCUAAUGCAUCACCUAUUUGGGGUCACCAUGUUGCUCGGGGCUUGCUCAUUGAUGUCCCUCGAUCUUCUUUCUAUGAUAUGUUCUGUUGGCUGUAUGACCGUGCUACAAAAGAAGAAUUUACCUCUAUUUUUACUACCUUGUGGGCUGCAUGGUUCCACCGAAACAAACAAAUUUUCGAGGGUGCAAAUGGCGAUCCAGUGAUAUUGGCAGCCAGCUUCAACAAAUUGGUGACAGAUUAUAAUGGAUACUCCUCUAAAACUGGUGUCUCCAUCAAGCUAUUCUCCUCCUAUCUUGUCUUGGGUUUAGGCGUGGUGUUCCGUGAUCACGAUGGAAAGAUCCUGCUUGUUGGUGUUCGUAGAAUCAAGGCAAGAUGGCCGGUGGAAGUAAGCGAAGCUGCGGCUGCUUUAUUUGGUCUCCAGGUUGCUGCCAGAAAUAAUUUUGAGCUUGUGCAUAUGGAGGGUGACUCUUUGAAUGUGAUAUCAGCAGUCUCGAACAAAUUGGAGGGCUCUUCUCCUAUCCAUCUUCUUUUUUAUCAUAUUUUGCUUUUAAUUAAGAGUAUUCCUGGUUUUUUUUUAAUUGUAGUUUUGCUGAGAGACAUGACAAUUCGUUAG